AGAGAGAGAGAGAGAGAGAGAGAGAGAGAGAGAGAGAGAGAGGGCUAUAGAAGGCAGUCUUCGUUAGUUCUUUUUCUUCCUCGUCGUCCUUUGUUUUCUUGGAAAACAACAAUCCGACAAAACACGCGCAUAUUUUGCUUCGUUCGCCGGAAAACUAUGCCGGAGGAUUCGACGUCGAUUGACUAUGUCAUGGAGAAGGCCUCGGGGCCUCACUUCUCCGGCCUCCGCCUUGACGGCUAUCUCUCUUCUCCGCCGUCCUCCUCCGUCUCCUCUCUGUCGCACCUCCGACCGGCCGCUUCGUCAUCUUCCGCUUCCUCCGAUCCCAGCGCGCCUAAACAACCGUUCGUUAUCGGAGUGUCUGGUGGCACGGCUUCUGGCAAGACCACGGUCUGCGACAUGAUAAUCCAGCAACUUCAUGAUCAUCGAGUGGUUCUUGUUAAUCAGGAUUCCUUUUACCGUGGUUUGACUCCUGAAGAACUGCAGCGUGUCCAUGAGUACAAUUUUGAUCAUCCGGAUGCCUUUGACACUAAACAGCUUUUGGUCUGCGUUGAGAAACUAAAGAGCGGGCAGCCGUAUCAAGUUCCUAUCUAUGACUUUAAGACUCAUCAACGUAGAUCAGACACUUUUCGUCAGGUCAAUGCUUCUGAUGUUAUCAUUUUGGAGGGGAUUCUUGUUUUCCAUGACCAGCAAGUUCGGAAUCUGAUGAAUAUGAAGAUCUUUGUUGACACAGAUGCUGAUGUGAGGCUUGCUCGCAGAAUUAGACGUGACACUGAAGAGAGGGGUCGGGAUGUGAGCUCCGUACUUGAGCAGUACGCAAAGUUUGUGAAACCUGCAUUCGAUGAUUUUGUGCUCCCCUCAAAGAAAUAUGCGGAUGUGAUCAUUCCCCGAGGAGGCGAUAAUCAUGUUGCAAUCGAUCUGAUUGUGCAACACAUCCGCUCAAAACUUGGGCAGCACGAUCUCUGCAAAUUUUACCCGAAUGUGUACGUUAUCCAAUCAACAUUCCAGAUAAGAGGCAUGCAUACGCUUAUUCGGGACAAAGACAUAUCUAAGCAUGACUUUGUAUUUUAUUCAGACCGACUCAUUCGUCUGGUUGUGGAGCAUGGUCUCGGCCAUUUGCCAUUCACAGAGAAACAAAUAGUUACUCCAACAGGGUCUGUGUAUAUGGGUGUUGAUUUCUGCAAGAAACUAUGUGGAGUCUCAAUCAUUAGAAGUGGUGAAAGCAUGGAAAAUGCGUUACGUGCAUGCUGCAAAGGGAUCAAAAUAGGGAAGAUUCUGAUCCACCGCGAUGGUGACAAUGGACAGCAGCUUAUAUAUGAGAAGCUUCCUCGCGACAUCUCUGAGCGCCAUGUCCUGCUCCUAGAUCCUGUUCUAGCCACAGGCAAUUCUGCGAACCAGGCCAUCGAAUUGCUCAUACAGAAAGGAGUUCCAGAAUCCCACAUCAUAUUCCUCAACCUCAUUUCGGCCCCAGAGGGAAUCCGCUGUGUGUGCAAGCGGUUCCCCUCGUUAAAGAUAGUGACGUCGGAAAUAGACCAGUGUCUGAACGAGGAGUAUCGUGUUAUACCAGGCUUGGGCGAGUUCGGUGAUCGCUAUUUUGGCACUGACGAAUAGUCUCGCAAUCGCAGCGUUUUCACCAAACGCGAUAACUGUGCAUGUUCAGCGCGUUAUCAAACGCCAAAAUGGGGUCUUAUUCCCUGUUUUUUUUUUCCCCUAUGAAACAGCGUUCAAAAGCUGAUGGCUUCAAAUUCCACUCACCCUUUUCUUGUAUUGGCACUUCAAUGGAAAUCAAAAAAAAAAAAAAACAGUACACAUCUGUAAAAACACGUCGUCUUCAUUCUUGUUUCAAAAGGGUUCGAAGUGAACAAAACGGUGACGUUUCAAUUCGUAGUGAGCCGUUCCGGUUUUGUCCGGUUCUAUUUUCCGGGUUCGGGCAAUAAUCCAGCGAGAGAUAUGGUAACAUUGGUUUAUCCGCAUCCGCCACUGAUUCCCGUCGAACACUUCUUCGUUUUCGGGGGUUCACUAUCCAAUCAUCACCCGCCACGUGUCUACUCAAAUCGUCUCAUCCACCUCCGCCGCUUCCGCCUCCGGUCGUAUGAACUGUGAAUCCGCCCAUUGUACAAUUGCCCGGAAAAUUAUGUCGACGUGAGAUUGGAAUUUCUCUCGUCGAUUUGAUUCUCAGGUUGUUCUCACGUGUUCAACCUCCACCGUACCGGUGAUCGUCGAAGGCUAGCUUCCGAAUUAUUCAAGUGUAUUGGCGUCGACGAUUUCACUUUCGAUCGGCAUUUCGGUGAUCGCAGUGUUCAGAUGACGUUGUACGAUUUCAGUUCAACCUCGAACAAAGCCAAAGCCCCACGGUUUCAAUUUCUUUCCGACGACUCAGAGCAUUGAAAUUCUGGUCGUCUUCUAGAAGGAGGUUGGGGUCAAC